AUGAGCACACCAGCAUACUACGAGCUAUAUAGAAGAUCAACCAUAGGAGUAACCCUAGCCGAUGCUCUUGACACAUUAAUCUCGGAUGAGAAGAUUCAACCACAAUUGGCUAAUCGAAUCUUGAACAAUUUCGAUCGAAUAAUUGCUGAGAAUUUGAAGAAUGAACUGAAUAUAGCUAAGCUGAAGUUGACAUUCAAGGGGGAUUUGGAUACUUAUCGAUUUUGUGAUGAUGUGUGGACGUUUAUUAUCAAGAAUGUGUUGGUCAAGAUGACGGAUUUGAGUGGGUCUGCUUCCGGCUCUAGUGGCGGUGGCAGUGAUGGGGAUUUGGAACUUCACGUUGAUAAGUUCAAAAUUGUUGCUUGUAAUGCGAGAAAAGCUGGUGAGCCAUAG